AUGGUAAGCUUUCAGUAUCUAGGCACUGUCCAAACCCCAAGUUCUCUCCAACCCCCUAGCGCUAACAUCCUCCUAGGCCCGGUUAAUGCGGUAACCUUCUCAAGCUCCGGAGGCACCUACGUCCUCACCGGCUCCUCAGACCGAGCAAUCCACCUUUCGCGCGCAGUCCCAAACAACUCCAACAGCCCGACGGUAGUCGAGACCACAACCCCUAUCCAAAAAUACGAAGCACAUGGCUACUCCGUCCUGAGACAUCGCCAGCAAGGCACCACGACUAGACGAUGGACCGGCCACAACAGCCGAGUCGAAGCCGUGCAAUUUGCCGGCAACGGCGACUCCGUCGUAGUAACCGGCAGCGCAGACACAACAAUCAAUAUCUGGGAUACCCGCUCCUCGAGCUAUAAACCCAUCCAAACCCUCACAGAAGCAACCGAUACCGUCUCAACACUACACGUGCAUAUGGGGACCUACUCGAUUGCAAGCGGUAGCUACGACGGCCACGCGCGGAUCUACGACGUGCGGAUGGGGAAGACGACCGUUGAUGUCCUCGCGCACCCGGUGACGAGCGUGCGCUGCUCGAGCGAUGGGAAUGCGCUGCUCGCUUCGACGCUGGACGGGUAUAUCCGGCUGCUGGACCGGAUGGAUGGGAAGUUGCUUAAUGCAUUCGGGGGUGAGAAGGGUGGGAGUUGGAAGGGACAUUCGUAUCGGAAUUCAGAGCUGCGGGUGCGCUCCGUCUUUGCGAUGGGGGAUGCGGUUGUGCUGAGUGGGAGUGAGGAAGGGCCGGCUGGGGCGGCGGCGUUUGCUUGGGAUGUUGUUAAAGGGGAGGUUAUUGCUGCUGUGCCUGUUGGGGAGAAGGUCAAGGCUGUGAGUUGUGUGGCGUGGAAUGAGGGUGCGGGGGAUUGGGCUGCUGGGUGCUCUGAUGGUGCUGUCAGAGUCUACGGAUGA